UCUCGCCUCUCUUCUCCUCUCCUCUCCUCUCCUCUCCCCUCCCCUCCUCUCCUCUCCCUCAGCGGCCGGUUCGUAGCGAGGCCUCGGCGGCGGCCGGGCGCAACACCGGCGACAUGUCGGACCUGGGGGACUGGUUCCGGAGCAUCCCGCUGAUCACCCGCUACUGGUUCGCCGGCUCCAUCGCGGUGCCGCUCAUCGGCAAGCUGGGCCUCGUCAGCCCCGUCUACCUCUUCCUCUGGCCCGACGCUUUCAUCAACCGCUUCCAGAUCUGGCGGCCGAUAACUGCAACUUUCUUCUUCCCAGUGGGACCUGGAACAGGGUUUCUCUACUUGGUGAAUUUAUAUUUCUUGUAUCAAUAUUCAUCACGAUUAGAAACAGGGGCUUUUGAUGGAAGGCCGGCAGAUUACAUGUUCAUGCUCCUGUUUAACUGGAUCUGCAUUGUUAUAACUGGCUUGGCAAUGGACAUGCAGUUGCUGAUGAUUCCACUCAUCAUGUCAGUACUUUAUGUGUGGGCCCAGCUGAACAGAGACAUGAUUGUAUCGUUUUGGUUUGGAACAAGAUUUAAGGCCUGUUACCUUCCAUGGGUUAUUCUGGGAUUCAACUACAUCAUUGGCGGAUCAGUCAUCAACGAGCUGAUAGGAAAUCUGGUUGGACACCUGUAUUUCUUCUUAAUGUUUAAAUAUCCAAUGGAUCUGGGAGGAAGGAAUUUUCUGUCCACACCUCAGUUCCUAUACCGCUGGCUGCCAAAUAGGAGAGGAGGAGUGUCGGGGUUUGGUGUCCCACCUGCUAGCAUGAGAAGAGCUGCAGAAGAUCAGCAGGGUGGUGGAAGACACAACUGGGGCCAAGGUUUCCGGCUAGGUGACCAAUGAAGAGCUCCUGCCCUUGGAAAAUGGACGUAGGACCGACCCUUCCUGGUGCAGAGCAUGCUUAAGAACUGAGCUCUCUGUAGCACUGUUGGAUUUAACUGAUUAGAAAGAAUGUUUCUGGUUCAAGAGAAAAUUAUAAACUCCAGAAGGGAAAAAUGUAGAUCUUGCUCCAGGUUAGCCAGUAGUGUCCAAUUUGAUUCUGCCAUUAAAAAAAGCCUUCUUUAUACAGUAUUGUCUGUCUGUCACAACCGGCAUCCGUUAUGCCAUCUUGUUGCGUGAUGUGAUGGAACAAGCUAAUGGUGUUCUGUCUCACCUGGUACAUUAAAAGCUUUGUUGAUCAUAGUAAGGUAAGAAUCCAGUGUGAGGCAGAUGGAUCAAACUAACCCCAAAGUUUAGGAAGCUGAUUUUUUUCCAUAGCUGUGCUUAGGUCCCAGGGUCUUUGGAAACAUUAUUUAAGUGAUGUCUCUCUGCUGCAUUCAUAAAGCAAUGUUUCAUUUCCAUUAUUAAGCUGUAUUUUGAGGAGAGUUUUUUUCUUGCCGUGCAGCAUUUGUCCUACCUGCUACAGCAUGGGAUGGGUAAGACUAAGGCUAAGAGGGCUUUCAUUUGAAAUUGCAAUAACAGAUAUUCACAGAAUUGAAAUCUCUGAACUCUUCAUGACAUGUUACAAGGCUUGCUCUGUUUAAACUGAAGUUGUCUGGCUUGUUUUUUUUUUCCCUCAGAUCUGUGAAUUCUUGGCUUCAAAGUUUCUGGUUUGAUUGCAAAAUUGGGUAGCACAAGUACUACUUAAACUAGAAAAUGUAACAUAUCAUUGUGGUUAAUGUAAAGGGUACUGACUGCAGCAUUAUGUUUGUUAACUGAAUCUUCAGCUUUCUCUUAAAAGCUUUAAGACAUCAAAGAAUCAAAGCUGGAAGUAAACUUUUCCAGGGUCAAGAUACAAUAGAACAGAUUGCUUUACUACAGGACUCUGUCAUUGUCAAAUAAGAAAUUAUGUACACUGUUUAUUAGUAUCUGUACUGUUUUGGUAAAACUUUUUGACAUGGAGAAGGGAAUGAUUCUGUACAGUAGUUUUUCUCAUACUGAGUUCCUGUGGGCAGAGCACAGGGCUAAGAUCCAAGAAGCUGUAAUGCUAGCUUGUUACUGACUCACUGCAUGGACUUGAGCAAACUUCUUACUCAGUUUUCCCAGCUGUAAGAAGGACUCAUGCAUGUCUCAGCAUUCUUAAAAAGUAGCUGUCCCUGACUCCCCUAGGUGUGAGCUGCUAGUGAGCAAGGUAAGGCUGAGGUUCACAUAAAUGACAACACUUAAGCUAGGAAUGCAAUUACUCUAAGCUUAAUCAGACUUCUAACUUCCUUUUUGUUUAAUAGUUGGAGGAAGAAGAGCACCAUCACUAGGAUGAGAUUCAAGUCUUUGACUAAAUUUCCCUUUAGCAUUUGUCUGUCUUUUUACUGGGUAGGUAGGGCACAGAAGGCUGUUCUGCCCCAACUCAGGUAUCUCGGAUAUCUAUAAGUAGGUGAAGUGAAUCUGGGCCAAAAGAUUUUUAUUACUAAUUUGUUUCUUCACUAAACCUGGGUUCUGAAGGUUUAAAAACUUGUAAAUACUACUUGAUGUGAAACUGGGUGGAAAAUAAGCAGUUGGACUGGAAGGUGUCAGGUGGCUUGCUUGGAAAAAAAAUGUGUGCUCCAUUUCUUCACUGCAACUCAGUUUUGUUGAUCCGACUUGCAGAAAAAUGUAGAAAACUGGUAAUGAUCAUAUUGUGUGCUUAGGUUUUACAGGAACUUGGAGUUCAGAUAUCACCUGCCAUUUUUGUCCAUUCAGUGAUAAGUUUUGAAGAUGCUCUUGUCUCUUUCUCUGUAUAAAAUGGUAGGUAGAAAAGAGGACUGCAGUGUUGUAAAUACUAAUCUAUUGUUGACCGACAGCUGUUAUUUGAUGCUAACUUGGAAAGUCUGAGAACGAUCAUUUUUAUAGGAGUCAUGAUGUAGUUGGUGUUUUUAUUCAUAGUAAUACCACUGUCUCCAAAGCAUUUGUCUUCAUUGUGAGUCAGGACCUAACUGUUAAGUGAAGAUGCAAUAGUUUGUGACUCAGCUAAAACCCUGGCACACUCAAAUUGCAGAACAUCCUCGUACAGAAGGCCAGAAGGAAGGCUUGAGUGGGAGGAAGGAUGGUAAAAAUCAUUGUCCUGGCCCAGCGCACUGUGCUGGGUCUUGCUUUCUAGUGUAUCCUCCCUCUAUAAAUUAAGAUGAAAAGGGUUGCAAGGAAGAUAGACUUCUGAUAGGUCUUGAUUAGCUUUUGAGCUGCUUCAAGUCCAUUUACUUUGGUUUAUGGAAAAUUCACUUCAGAAUUCCAUAUUAUGAGCUCAGUUUGUUUUUUCUCUAAUUUGUUGCUUGACCUGAAGCACUGUUUGUCCUCCAGCAUACACUGACAAUGGCAGUGUCUUGUUAAAUGAGUACCUUCUUUCUUAUUUUGUACAGAUAAUUUCCCUUUUUGUAAUCAAUUUUUGUUGGCAAAGUUUUAAAUUAAAGUUUUAA